AUGAGUAGUGACCCUCUGGGACGAAGACGCACGAGCAUCAUGAAUAGUACGGUACCCAAGAAGAGGGGCAACAUGCGGGUAAAGGCGUUCCCGUCUCGCACCGACGAAAAGUUUGUCGACAGUACGUGGGCUAUGCUGAAGAACGCCAUACAGGAGAUACACAAGAAAAACAACUCGUGUCUGAGUUUCGAGGAGCUCUACCGUAAUGCUUACACAAUGAUAUUGCUGAAGCACGGCGAACGACUAUACAAUGGCAUGAGGGAAACCGUUUCUGCACACUUGGAAUCCAAAGUCCGAGCGGACGUGUUGAACUCAUUGAAUAACAAUUUCCUUCAAACACUGGACGAAUGUUGGAGAGAUCAUCAAACGUCAAUGGUUAUGAUAAGAGAUAUUCUGAUGUACAUGGACAAAGUGUACGUCAAAAAUAACGAGGUAGACAGUGUGUAUAAUCUUGGUCUCGUUUUGUUUCGCGACAUAAUAGUACGACAUGACCGUAUAAAAGAUCAUUUACGUGAAACACUGUUGAGCAUGGUAAUGAAAGAGAGAAACGGCGAAGUCAUUGACCGUCUUGCACUAAAAAGUGCCUGUCAAAUGCUUAUGAUACUAGGAAUAACAAGUAGACUUGUUUAUCAAGAAGAUUUUGAACGCCCAUUCCUUGCUCAAUCCAGUGAGUUUUACAAUGUUGAAAGCCAGAUGCUUUUAGCCGAAAACAGUGCUUCCAUUUAUAUUAAAAAGGCUGAAUCUCGAAUAAAUGAGGAAGCCGAACGAGCCAAAAACUACCUCGACGUUUCUACAGAAAGCCGUGUAAUUCAAGUUGUAGAAGACGAGCUUAUCAAAAAACAUAUGAAAACCAUUGUUGAAAUGGAAAAUUCUGGAUUUGUAUUUAUGUUGAAAAACCAAAAAACUCAAGAUCUUGCUUGUAUGUAUAAACUUUUAAGUAAUUUGUCUGACGGUCUAAAAACUAUGUCUGACUGUUUGAGUAAAUAUUUACGAGAAGAAGGCCGUUCUUUAGUAAAAGAAGAGGAUACUAAUUUAAAUCCUGUCACUUAUGUACAAAGUUUAUUAGAUCUCAAAGACAAACUUGAUUAUUUUCUUUACAAUUCAUUUGGAAGUGAUAAAAUGUUUAAACAAACAAUAUCCUCAGAUUUUGAACAUUUUUUAAAUCUGAACCAAAAAUCUCCUGAGUACAUGUCAUUAUUCAUUGAUGACAAAUUGAAGAAAGGAGUUCGUGGUAUGGAUGAAAACGAUUUAGAACCAGUGCUUGACAAAGCUAUGGUAUUGUUUCGAUUUCUCCAAGAUAAAGAUGUUUUUGAAACAUAUUACAAACAACAUUUAGCAAAAAGGUUAUUGUUAAACAAGUCUGUUAGUGAUGAUAAUGAGAAAAAUAUGAUCUCAAAAUUAAAAACUGAAUGUGGAUGUCAGUUUACUUCCAAACUUGAAGGUAUGUUUAAAGAUAUGUCUCUAUCAAACACAAUAAUGGAUUCAUUCAAAGAAAACAUGACAAUUUCACCAUCAUUAAACUACAAUAGCAUUGAUUUGUCAGUUCGUGUGUUAACCACUGGUUUUUGGCCAUUACCAGCAACUACUCCUAAGUGUAAUGUACCCAGUGUAGCACGUUUGGCAUAUGAGGAAUUUCGAACUUUUUAUUUGGGUAAACAUAAUGGACGCCAACUUAGACUUCAACCACAGUUGGGAUCAGCAGACAUCACGGCUAUUUUCAAUGAAAAUGUUAGGGAUAAUAGUUCAACGUCCAUUAUAAGCUCAAAUGGAAGUGGUAGUACUGUUGUAUCGACAUCAAACUCUGGAACUACCCCAAAUCAUAGUAAUAGUUCAUCAUCUGUACGUAAACAUCUCUUCCAAGUAUCGACAUAUCAAAUGGCAAUAUUAAUGUUGUUUAAUAGUUAUGAAAAGAUCACAAUGGAAAAUAUUAUGAAUGAGACAGACAUCAAUGAAAAAGACCUAACCAGAGCAUUACAAUCAUUAGCAAUGGGAAAACCUUCACAAAGAGUAUUACUGAAGAAUCCUAAGACUAAAGAGAUUGAACCUCAUCAUGAGUUCUCUAUAAAUGAAUCAUAUUCUUCUAAAUUGUAUCGUGUAAAGAUUCAAUCAAUUACUACCAAGGGAGAAAAUGAACCGGAACGUCGAAAAACUAAGGACAAAGUAGAAGAAGAUAGAAAACAUGAAAUUGAGGCAGCACUUGUACGUAUUAUGAAAGCUCGUAAAAAGUUAACGCACAAUACACUUAUUAUGGAAGUAACCGAACAGUUAAGGAGUAGAUUUAUGCCAUCGCCAGUGCUUAUUAAGAAACGUAUAGAGUGCUUAAUUGAAAGAGAGUAUUUAGCGCGUACACCAGAAGACAGAAAUACUUACAAUUAUGUUGCUUAA